AUGAAUAAAAAUGAGGAAGACAGUCCUUUAUAUUUUCACAAGAAGACCCUGAUUGUGAAGUUACUGCCAAUCAUUAUUACCUUGAUUGGGCUGGUGGGAAAUGCAGUUGUGCUCUGGCUUCUGGGCUUCCGCAUGCAUAAGAACGCCCUCUCAGUCUACAUCCUCAACCUGGCRGGAGCCGACUUCCUUUUUCUCUGUUUUCAUGUUAUAGUUUCUCUGAACAAACUCAACCUCACUUUCCUUUUCUUUCUCACCUUCAUCCUCRAGUACUUACCCAUUGUAAUGAUCUGUUCCUACCUUACAGGCCUGAGCAUGUUGAGUGCCAUUAGUGCUGAGYGCUGCCUGUCCAUCCUGUGUCCCAUCUGGUACAGCUGCCACCGCCUGAUUCACACGUCAGCUGUCAUAUGUGCCAUACUCUGGGCCCUGUCCCUGCUACUGAGCAUCCUGGAUUUGUACUACUGUUUCUUCUUAUCUAUAAAUUUCAACUAUUGGUGUCAGACAUUUAGUUUCAUCAUAGCUGCAUGGCUGAUAAUUUUAUUUAUGGUUCUUUCUAUAUCUAGCCUCACUCUGCUAGUCAGAAUCCUCUGUGGUUCUCGGAGGGUGCCACUGACCAGGCUGUAUGUAACUAUUGGGCUCAUAGUUCUAGUCUUCCUCAUUUGUGGCCUGCCUAUAAGCAUCCUAAGUUUUCUGUCAUUGUGGAUUCAUAAUAAUGAUGUGAUUCUGCAUUUUUCUAAGAGGACUGCUUUAUUUCUGUCCUGUAUUAACAGCAGCGCCAAACCCAUCAUUUACAUAUUUGUUGGCUCCUGUAGGCGGGGACAAAACCUUUGGCGGCAGCAACCAUCGCUCAAGUCGGUUCUGGAGAAGGCCUUCCAGGACAUACCCGAGGUUAAGAAAAGUGGAGAAAGCCUUCCUCAGGAAACAACAGAGAGUCCAGUUGUCCCUUAA